CGGAGCUGUCAAUAUAGAGGCGCUUAGAAAGAGGCAACGUCACAUCCCCUUGACCCUCCAAUCACCUCGGGGUCCCAUUUGAUUGGAAGGCGGCAAAGGCUUUAAUCUCGGACUAAUUCAGGUGCUUUUGAAGUGAACAUUUCUACCAGUUCGUACUUCGGGAGUAUAGAGCGCGGACAAGCCGGGAGACACAGAACGCGCUAUGCCCAUGGUGCAAGACGCAGCCACGGAUCCGCGAUAACCUCGCACUCACACUCCUUCCUGCUUACCAACCGCACCUUCUUCGUUUCCUCACAUUAUACGGAUUAUUACACGCAAUAUCACACUCUUGAUUUUCGAAAGAGGUUGUAUUUGCUUUUCUUGAUGAAUCUGAUAAAUGCAUUACCGACUAAUUUCGUGAGAAUUGGGACAUGAUCACAUCGCCCUCGGUGUCUGCUCUGAGAAAUAGUAGUACUCAUCUAGUCUGGGAGAGCAUCGACUCUCGGAAUAUCAUCAACAAGCCUUUUCUUCACUCCGUUCCCCCGUCGGACCAUCUACGGCAAACUAACCGAGUCCCCAUCAAGAUUUUGAAAAUGCUUACGGCACGAUCAGGACACAUUUUGCACCCAGAGUAUCUUCAACCGUUACCAUCUACCCCGAUUAGCCCUAUUGAGCUAGAUGCUAAGAAGAGUCCGUUGGCACUGCUGGCGCAGACAUGCUCUCAAAUCGGUAAACCUGACCCCCCUCCCUCCUCCAAACUAUCCUCUAUUACAUCAAAUGGAUCUAGUGACAAGGAGUCCAAAUCCGGUCCAUUAAAAAUGAGUGACAUCGGUGUGGAUGACAAAUCCAGCUUCAAACCCUAUUCGAAACCGUCAGAUAAGAAGGACUCGUCCUCGGGCGUCUCGAGUGGAGAGAAGACUGGUUUCCGAGUGCCGAGCGCCACCUGUCAGCCGUUCACGCCACGGACAGGCAGCCCCAACUCUAGCACUUCUGCCUCGCCCAUGCCGUCAGAGGGGAAGUGUGGCGACAGGGAGGACAAGAAAGAUUCAGAUUGUAAUAAAAAUGGCACAACAGACGGAUCUGGAUCCACUAACAGCCACAGCAGGAUAAGCGUGAGUUGCGGUGGAAUUAACGUGGAGGUGAACCAACACCAGGAGACAACGCCUGGGUCCAAAGCCCCGUCUUCUGAAUCCUCCUCUCUAACCUCCGUUUCCUCUGCUUCCGGACUCGGGUCAGGACUUGUAGCCCCGGUCUCUCCUUACAAACCGGGUCAGACAGUUUUUCCCCUGCCGCCUGCUGGCAUGCACUACCCCGGGAGUUUAGGGGCCUAUGCUGGUUAUCCCCAACACUUCCUCCCUCACGGCGGGAGCCUGGUUAACGCACAGCUGGCCAGCAUGGGCUGCAGUAAGGCCGGAUCCAGCCCGCUGGCCGGGGCCUCUCCACCCUCCAUCAUGUCAGCCAGCCUGUGUAGAGACCCUUACUGCUUAAGUUACCAUUGUGCCAGCCACUUAGCGGGCGCUGCCAGUGCCUCGCAGCAGUGCCACGACAACGCAGCUGCCGCGGCAGCCAACGCGAUGAAAUCCGGGUACCACCACAUGUACCCGACACACCUUUUGCACGGCAUGCACUCCUCUCCGCAAUCUUUCAGUGGACAUCCUUUGUACCCCUAUGGUUUCAUGCUCCCCAACGACCCCCUUCCUCACGUCUGUAACUGGGUGUCAGCGAACGGACCCUGCGACAAGCGUUUCUCCUCUUCCGAGGAGCUGCUGAACCACCUGCGGACGCACACCGCCUUCACCGGGGCGGAGAAGUUGAUAUCGGGUUACCCUAAUUCCUCAUCGUUAGCUAGUGCUGCGGCUGCUGCGAUGGCAUGCCACAUGCACAUGCCACAGUCAGGAGGCCCUGGAAGCCCUGGGACACUGACGCUGAGGAGUCCGCAUCACGCGUUGGGACUAAGCAGCCGUUACCAUCCGUACUCCAAGAGCCCCCUGCCUACCGGAGCCCCUGUCCCUGUCCCCGCAGCCACCGGGCCAUACUACUCCCCCUAUGCACUGUACGGCCAGAGACUCACCACAGCGUCAGCGCUGGGAUACCAGUGAAACACACUUGACUUUUGAAAAGUUUAUAGUUAUAAAAAUGCAAAUAUAAAGACUUUUAUAUCAUCGCUCCACCUAUGGGCGGGAUCCGUGGACUCGGUAUUUAUUUAUGUCGGCUGAAAGCGGAUGAUAAUAGCUACAAAUGGAAGACAUUUGAGAGACUCAAAGUGCAUUAUGUUUAAACCGAACUCUAUAGGUAAAGUGAAAACACAUGGUAGAAUACUAAUAGGCUAAAAUAAGGGUUUUCAUUUCGAUGUUCAUUUGAAAUUGCUAUGAUUGUAUUGUUCUUAUUUAAUGUCUCAUUGAGAAUUAUUUACAUGCAUGUUUGUUUCUUAAAAUCCCAAAUUGUCCACAUCAUUUUAAAUUGUUAUUUUUCAGGUGUAUACCAUGGAAAGAGAAUUGUUAAUUUUUUUUUUUGUAUGUAUUCUGGAAAAAUAAGAAACAAUUCUGUUCCAUAUUUCCGUGUGCCUCCUUUUAUGAUUAUAACAACAAGAUCUACAUUUUUAACAUGCUAUUUCAUUAAACAAUUUCUGGGUUCAUUAACAUUUUAAAUGGACAUUAUGAAAUGUGCUGAUUGGGAAGUUAAUCUUAUUAACUGGUUGCCUAUACAGAAUAUACUAGAACGUUAUUGAAAAAUGUAUGCACUCACUAACUGUAAGUCGCUCUGGAUAAGAGCGUCUGCUAAAUGACUAAAAUGUAAAUGUUAUUUAUGAGUAGGCUUCGUUUUUUAGAACAUUAUAUCUAUAGGGUAGGCUAAAUGCUAUUUUUAGCAUGAUCCAUUGUUUCUAAACUAAAUAGGCCUAAUUUAAAUGGUUGAAAAACGAUAGGCUUUUAAAACUAAACACAACUUCGAAUGCAAUUUAGAUCGAAAAUUAUUUCAACACUAAUGUAGCUGAACUUAAUGGUGGUGUGUGCGCGAGCCAUGUGUGCGUAUUCUAAAACGGGAUACAUCCAUCAAAGCAUGUUAAUAAUUGUUGAUUGAGGAUGAGCUUUGACAUUUAUUUCUGUAGUGAUUUAAGCAGGUGAUUUCCAAAUAAGUCUUGUUGGCUAAAUAUAGUUUUAACCCUAACUUCAAUAUUUGAUGAUGCACAAAAAUUAUAUCUCGACAUUGCCUGGUUAAUGGUUCCCACGGCAACAAACCGAGAGCGCCUCCUUUUGAAAUGCGUUUAGGCUAUUUGCUGAUCUAUGUACAUUGAAUUUAUAAUAUAUUGUCUCUAUUCACUAGUCAUUUAAGAUGCAUUAGUUUUGAAUAUAGCAUAGCCUACUAAAAACAGAAGGGAAAACUCUAAAAUGCCUUUUCAAUGCAUAGGCCUAAGGGAAUAAAGUUGUAAGGACUACUUAUGAA